GCCAAAUCUUUUUUUCAUUUUGGCAAUCAAUCAUUCGUGGCCGUCGCAACACCAAUAUGCAUGGCGGUCACUCUCGUAGAGGCCGCGGUGCAUCUACUACUAGAGGCCGCGGCCAUGGUGCAUCGGGACGCAGACAAUUUCGUGGCCGAGGACGGGGACGUGGUCGAGGCCAGUCAUCCCACCACCAGAGUUUCCAAUUCUCGAGGCUGAACGAAGAGGAGGAUGGCUCGGGAGGCGAAGAGUCGUUAGGCGAAGAGUCCGAAGACGAAGAGACCGCGCAUGGACUCGCACAUGCUGAUGAAGAAGAGGAGGCAUCCGAGAGCGAACCAGAACAAGUCCUUCCAACCCACUCCUACCAGACUCUGCUACAAACCCUCAACACCAGCAAACGUACUUCUGAGCCCGCAAGAAAAAAGAGGAAACUGGAACCAGACACCAGCACUACAAAAGUAAUCCCUCUCGAGGUUGGAGGGACCGACGCUUCCGAUACACCGUCGAACGGAGAUGAGGCCGAAACGGCGAGAGCGCUGAAUGAAGAGAUAGAGGCUGAUGAAGAAACUGAAGACGCUGUGGACGCAAGUAUCGACUCUGACGAUGAAGAGGUCAUGUUUCGUGACCCUUUUGAGAAGCACUAUUCGGCAGCGACCGAGAAGGAAAUCAAGGAGGCUGCGGGACAAGUCGAGUCGAAAGCCUGGCAAACAACUUCCUCCACCUCGGAAUCUGGUCUUCGAGUCGCUCGUUUUCGACCAGACGCGCCUACAAAGUCAUCCAUCAUCAAAUCUCCCAAAGACAUGUUCUUGAAGCAGAGGAUAUUGGGCACUGGAACGAAGGUGUUCACGUCUCUCAAAUCCGAUGAAAAGUAUCUUGCAGCGGCAGUUUUCGGAUAUGAUGAUGUUCUCCAUGGCUGCCGAGAUGUGCAAAAUACCUCCCGUUUGCGAGAUCUGUCAUGUCUUCAUGCCCUAAAUCAUGUCUUCAAGACACGAGAUCGAGUCCUGAAGAACAACAGCAAGUUAAGUGCACAAUCGAAUGGGGAGAUUUUGGAUCUUCGAGACCAAGGCUUUACUCGACCAAAGGUUCUCAUCAUGGUUCCAACAAAACAAGCCUGCGUCCGCUUCGUCGACAGUAUCGUAAAGUUGAGCGAGCCUGAUCAACAAGAGAACAAAUCUCGAUUUUUGGAAACGUACACCCAGGACGAUAGCGACGAAUGGCUCGACAAGCCGGAGGAUUUUCGCCAGCUUUUUGGCGGCAACCAUGAAGAGGACUUCCGAAUUGGGCUCAAGUUCACGAGAAAGACGAUCAAGUAUUUUGCUGGCUUCUACAAUUCCGACAUCAUCAUUGGCUCUCCUUUGGGUCUCAUGCGUACCAUCACCACCGGUGGAGGAGGCAAGAACAGCAAGAAGACGCAAGAUGCAGACUUUCUGUCAUCGAUCGAAGUGGUUAUUGUCGAUCACGCCAAUGCUCUUCAAAUGCAGAACUGGCAGCAUGUCGACUAUGUAUUUUCUCAGUUGAAUCUACUGCCAAAAGAUUCCCAUGGUUGCGACUUCUCCCGCGUUCGACACUGGUAUCUCGACGGCCAAGCAAAGUACCUACGACAAACCAUCAUCCUCUCCGACUACCUCACACCUGAAAUCAACGCUCUGGCUUCGACACACUUGAAGAACAUCUCUGGACGAAUCAAGUUGCAGCCUGAAUACCCUGGCGAAAUGCUCGGCGUCUCCUCACUGGUUUCGAUCCCAGUAUCACAAACCUUUCUGCGACUCUCCUCCCCUUCAGCGCAAGGCGACUCUGAUGCUCGGUUCAAAUUCUUCACCACCUCUGUCCUCCCACCCUUUCUCCGCGAUCCCAAGCGUCAAAAAGGAACUCUCCUUUUCGUGCCUACCUAUGUUGACUUUGUUCGUCUCCGCAACUUUCUCUCAACGUCUUCCGAGGCAGCAAACCUCUCUUUUGGAUUGAUUUCCGAGUAUGCCUCACACAAAGAAGUUCUUCGAGCAAGAUCUCAUUUCCUGAGUGGCCGUCAUACCUUGCUGGUGUAUUCAGAGCGAGCACAUCAUCAUUUUCGAUACAAGAUCAGAGGGGUCAAGAAGGUGAUCUUCUAUGGUGUUCCCGAGAAUCCUAUCUUCUGGUCCGAAGUGGCCAAGAUGUUGGACGUGGUGAGAGAAGACGACAAGAGGACAAAAGCAUCAGUCCGAGCUUUGUUCUCUAAAUGGGACGCCAUGAAGCUAGAAAGAAUAGUGGGCACCCAGAGAGUGGGCAGAUUGAUCAAUGACCGAGGUGGUGAUGUGUUUGAUUUUGUCUAACAAUCAAGUCUUGGAAGCACGAGGCAGUCGUUCGUGCGAACGCCUGAUCGCUAUUGUUUUUCACUCAACCCAAUCAUCCUCUUCAGUACCACAGCUCGAAUCUCAGGAAAGCCUUACGCGUCAAUGAAAAGCAUAGAAUGAUAACUGUCUUUUACAACAGUUGCAAAUCAGGCUGGCCAUGACUUAAGGGCCGAUGUUGAGUUUGUCUGGCUGAGACAGCUCGGCUUUACGUUCCAGCAGUUCCGGUGCGUCCCAAUUGGCCCAGACGAAUUUGUCCCGCAGAAAUCUCGCCUCUGGGCUGAUAAGCCAAACGACGAAAUUUCCCGCAAGAUCAGCUGAUAUGGAGUCAGUGGAGGGCCUUACAACGUGCGUCAUCAAAGAAAAGAUGAGGGAAGUGGGUACUGACCACUAUCCGAAGCUGGAAAGCCACUCUUAAUGUUCAGUUCUGUGGGGACGAUACCUGGAUGGAGAUGGAAAACGGGAAUGGAAGGGUGCUCCUUUGCAAAGCCGUCCCAGACUUUGGUGGCAGCGAACUUGGAAGGCACAUAGCUGGAAAAGCUAGGACCGAAAGGGAAAUGGAUGACGGCGGUAGUAACGUCCACGACGAGAGCACCGGCUGGAUUGGCAUAGGGGAGGAAAGAUCUGGCCGUGUUGAAGGUGCCACGGACGUUGAUUUCAUACCCAGUCCACCAUUCGUCCGGGUCGGUGACAUCGAUAUUCUCCAGGCGGGACAGAUAUCCCGCGUUGGCGAUGAGUAUGUCGAUAUGGCCGAACUCGGCAUGGAUCUUGUCGAAAGUGUCCUUGGUCACUUUUAGGUCCGAGAUGUCGCAGCCAGGCACGGCCAGGAUCUUGACACCCGACACUGCCGCCUCGACCUUUUGCUUGGUCUCGUUCAAUGGACCAGCACGCCGACUGGUGAUGGCGAUUUUGGCCGCCCCGGCCUGUGCAAACCCCAAGGUCAUGGCAGCACCGAUUCCGGUUCCUCCGCCAGAGAUGACAACCGUUUUCCCUUUGACGGACAAUUCUGGCCUCGUCGCGUCGAUUGCCGCGUAGGCUUUGUUGUGGUAUAUUUUGGUCAAGGAUGGCAAGGCCAUGUUGUUAAGGAUACUAUAACGGCUCUUGACCGAUAUCUUUACCUUAUCUUUUCGUCGACGAUGAUAACCGCAAUGACAAUAACGACGAGGGUGGUUGGUUGUGAAUGACUGAUGAAUGAUGUUGUGACACGGGCGAGAUGGAUGGAGAGCUAGACGAUUCGGAUCGAC